AUGGAGGCAGGGGGUGGCGCGCGCCUCACCUCGACUCUGUCGAGCGGCGGCGGGCGGGGCGUCGGAGAGGAGGAGGCGGCGGGCGGAGGUGGCCGGGCGGAGGGGCCGGCGGACGGCGGCGGGCGGAGGUGGCCGGGCGCGCGGCGGCGCGGGCUGCGCGCGGACGAGGAGGAGGAGGCGGCGGCGCGCCCGGGCGGUGAGGGCACGGGAGGAGGCGGCGGCGGACGGACGCGGAGGCAAGGCGGCGGCGUGCGCGCGCAGCGGCGGGCGCGAAUUUUUUGGCAGAGUUUCCCCUCCAAACCGCUCCUCGCGCGAAUGGAGAAGAAGGGUGGGCGCGCGGCAGUUUAUACUGGGGACCUUUUGCACCGGUUCGUGGCUGGAACCGGUGCAAAAGGCUUUUUGCACCGGUUCCGACCACGAACCGGUGCAAAAGGUCCCCGCUUGGACUGA